UCGAACCCCCUCACCUGCACCCAAGAGCAGCUAGCAAGUUCACCGUCUGAAUCCCGAAAGCGCCGCCGCCCGCCGUCGAUCAGCUAAACAUGGCCGCCGGAAGGACGUACGUCGACUUCGUGCCGUCGCACAACCUCGUCGAGGAGAGCACGAAGCAGACCCUCGUCCUCAACCUCCCAGGGUUCCAGAAGGAGCACCUGAGGGUGCAGAUCGACAACUACGGCCGGCUGAGGAUCAGCGGCGAGCGCCCGCUCGAAGGCGGCCAGUGGAGCCGCUUCCGCAAGGACUUCCAGGUGCCCGACGGCUGCGACGCCGGCGGCAUCCGCGCCAGGUUCGAGAAGGACAGCGUCCUCCACAUCACCAUGCCCAGGCUCUCCCCCGUCGACCUGCCCGAGGACGACAAACACGUCGCCGAAGCCGCCGCUGCCGCUGCUGCUGCGGAAGAGAAGAAGCGCCAGGAGGAGCAGGAGGAGGAGACGAGGACGAAGCGUCAUGAAGAGCACGGCAGCGACGACGAUGAAGGCGGUCACCAGGAGAUGGCUGCCUCUGGCGCCGGUGGCACGGCCUACGGCUUCGCCAGGGACCGGAGCGGGAUGGUGCGGAGAAUGAUCAUCGCGGUGGCGCUGGCCCUGGUUGGCGCUGCAGGCAUGUAUGCCAGGUACAGGCUGAUGGAUCCCUCCGGCGAGACGGCGCCGGCACAUAAUGCCACCGCCGGCCUCUCCGACUACUGAUCAACGAACAAGCUGAAUUCACAGUGAUGCAGAUACAUUGAUCACCACACCUGGCAGUGCAGAAUUCGCAGUGGUGUGGGCGGAGAUACGUGGCUACAUUAGCCGUCUGAGUGUAUAUCGUGUAAAUAUGAUCUCACUCUAUAUCUUAAAUGCUUGAUUGAUUCUGAUUGUACA